GUAUUAUUUACGUUACUGAAAUUUUAAGCCAGUCCUGAACGAUUUCUGAAUUUUGAACGAAAACUGACAGCAGCAGUACCACUUUGUGUGCCACUAUCACGUAAUAUAUUCCAACGAAUUAUCAACUGAACAUGACGGUCAAAGAGCUGAAAAUAUGUGAAAAUGCUAGCAAAGAUAUGAGUGAGAAAAAUGUGGGCAAAAGUUGGCCACAGGUUUUUACUAUUAUAAUAGCCUGUUUCUCAUGUGUCAGCAAUGGAAUGCUGAUGUCUUGGCCAUCCCCUUACACCCCAAAAAUCAUAAAGGAUGAAAACUACGACAUCGACGAAGGCGAAGUUCUCCCCUUCACAAUAUUACCACCAGUGGCAAUGAUGAUUACAUGUCUAGUUGCAUCCACUCUGAGCGAUACCAUCGGAAGAAAAAAAACGCUUUUCAUAGUGUACAUUCCUCAGAUACUAGCAUGGGCACUCCCAGCGAUAUCUACGAAUUUGUACUUAAUUUAUGCUGCCAGAAUAUUGGAAGGUGUUGGAGAUGGGAUAAUUUUCACUGCACUCCCUAUGUACAUAGGGGAAGUAGCCUCCCCAACAGUGAGGGGGACCUGGGGAAACUCUCUAACCGUCUUGUACUACGUGGGAGAAUUUGCAAUCACCAUAAUUGGCAGUUAUCUCAGCGUUAAAAUCUCAUCUCUGAUCGGCGUUAUAUUAUCAACUUCAUUAUCGACAACAUACUUCAUUUUACCAGAGUCUCCUUACUAUUUAUUGAUGAAAGACGAUACAGUUAAUGCUCGAAGAAGUCUGAAAACUCUCACCAGAAAAUCUGAUGUGGAAGAAGAUUUGCUCCAACUCAAAGCGGACGUUGAUAGACAAAUGUCAGAACGUGGAACAUGGAAAAGUUUGUUCGUCAUUCCGACUAACAGAAAAGCUCUCAUAGCCGCUAUUUUUAUGAGAUUCUCACAAAACAUGAGCGGAAUUGUAGUCGCUCUCACGUGUACCCAAACAAUUUUUGAGGAAUCGGGAAGUGACAUCAGCCCAGAAAUUUCGUCUAUAUGUUUUAUAGGUUUCUGGUUGUUGUUGAAUACUCUUGCCUCAUUGUUUAAUGAUAAGUUAGGUCGGAGAAAAUCCUACAUCGGUUCAUUGAUACCCUCUGGUAUAAUUUUGAUUGCUUUGUCUGUAUAUUUCUAUAUGGAACAGGAAAUUUCCAUGAAAAUGAAUUCUGGAUGGAUUCCUAUAACAGGGAUGUUACUAUACGUACUCUUCAAUUCUUACGGAGUUUGUAUAGUACCAACACUGAUGAUGGGGGAGUUGUUUUCCACAAGUAUCAAGGCAAAGGCUAUGACUUUACUUGUCGUAGUGUUCGGGAUUUCAAUUCUAUUUUCGACUGUCUUGUUUCAGGUUCUCUCUAUAAAAUUUGGUCUGUACGCCCCAUUUCUACUUUUUGGUGUUUCUAAUCUAGUCUCCAGUAUAUUANACCAUCCGUGA